AUGGGCUGUGCCGGGUUCAGUGCCUUCUGCUGCUUGGGACAGAGGCGAGGAGGGAUGGCGAGAGGGACAAGGGGAAUGGGCCAGGCAGGGAGGGACCAGAGAGGACUGAAGUCGGUGCAGGGACGAGAGUGCCUUCUGGUGCACAAGUAUGUGUGUGGGUAUGGGUGUGGGUGUGGGCAUAGGUGUGGGUGUGGGUAUGGGUGUGGGUGUGGGUAUGGGUGCGGGUGUGGGUAUGGGUGUGGGUGUGGGUAUGGGUGUGUGUGUGGGUAUGGUUGUGUGUGUGGGUAUAGGUGUGGGUGUGGGUAUGGGUGUGGGUGUGGGUAUGGGUGUGGGUGUGGCCAUUGCUUGAAGCUCCUGAAGGUAGCGUGA